AAGUUUAGAAUUUAUUUGAACAUUAUCAAUAUUUAAGAUCAAAAUUACAAUUUAAUAUCAAGUUAGUAAUAUUUAUGUAUCAUGUCUUUUAAAAAUCAAUCAAAACAAUCAUCAUUUCAUGGUACUCAUACCGUACCAUUCCACAGAAAACCACCAUCCAAACAACCUGUUACCCAACAAUUAUAGUCCUCUUAGCAGGAGAUUCUUCAAAAACCAGUGUUCCUUGUAGUAAGCGUAAUUGCUGAGCUCCACCUGCAGGUGUAGUUGCCUUUUAGUCUAAACUGAAAAAGAAUGUACAAAACGAAGCUACAAGAGCUUUGCCACCAGUUCGCAUGGAAUUUGCCAGAGUACGCGACGGAGAAAGACGGACCUGAUCACAACCCUCGUUUCACAGCCACUGUUAUAGUGAAUGGAGUCUCCUUUGAGUCACCCAAGGACCAAUGCCGAUCUUCCAAAGAAGCCCAAAAUCAUGCUGCCCAUAUCGCCUAUGACCAUUUCAAUGCUCCUCAAUCCUCAGCCCACAAACUUCCUUCACCUGCUGUAUUACCCUCUUCUGGUGCUUCAACAUCAAAGAGUAAGGUGGAUGAUAGACCUCCAAAUAUAGAUAUUUUUCACCAAAGACAGAAUAGCAUUGAACAAGUUCCUCGUGUCUAUGGAACUCCAUUGGCUGGUGUGGACGCUAAUACCUCUAAAGGGAUGCUUCAUUUGUAUAAGAAUCGAUUACAACACUAUGCCCAGAAGCAAAAUCUCACUUUACCCGUGUAUUCUUCUGUACUUGAUGGCCCUCCUCACACCCGUCGUUUUAGGUCAAAAGUGACUGUUGAUGGGGAAACUUAUGAAACUCAGGAGUUCUUCUCUACAUUGAAGGAAGCUGAACAUGCAGCUGCAAAAGUUGCUUUUGAGUCAUUAGCACUUAAUGACAUUCAGGAGGAUGAAGGUUUAUACAAGACACUUCUGCAAGAACUGGCUCAAAAAGAGGGUUUUCUUUUUCCAGUUUAUGAUACAGCCAGAACUGGCCCACCUCAUGCGCCAAUAUUCCGCUCAAUGGUGGAAGUUGGAGGUGGGACUUUUCAAGGACAAGAAGCUAAAACCAAGAAGCAAGCAGAGAUGAAUGCUGCAAAGGUUGCUUACAAUGCCCUUGUGAAACGUGGUCGACUAGAUGAACAUCUUCAGGUCCUUCCAGCCAGCUCAGGAUGUGCUGCUGCUGAUGUUUCACAACUAGUUAUUCAGCAGAAGACCAAAUUGAUAAUUGAAGAACUAAGUCUGCAAAAUGAAGAGGCAGAUAAAAAUGCAAAAAGACACAGAUGCUCGACUGCACCCAAUACAUAUUCCCUUUCCAGGGAUCGCUGUCCUGCUGCCUCAUCUUCUGCUUCACCAAUCUUUGAUCAUUCAACUGAUACAGUUGCAGACUCUGCUGAUUCUGGUAAAUAUGCUGGGACCAGUAUUUUGCCAGGCGAGAAGAUUUUCAUUUUCCCCCGGAAUGCAAACUUGGAGCUUCCUAAUGGUGCUUCUGUUUUGCCCUGCAGCGACGAAAAAUGGGUUGCUGCUAGCUUAGAAUCGAAUCGAAAUCAGUAAUUGCAACAAGCCACUUGUAUGUUGCAUUUGAUUAAUCUUAUCUUGAUGACAAGGUUCAACUUAGAAAAUUUUCUACUGGUACUACUAUAUGUGUAAAAGAAACCUUUGGACAAUAGCUACAGAAAGUUGGUUAUGCUUAUUAAGAAAAUUGACAUUCCGUUGUAUUUUUGAGAAGGCAGCCUAGUGUUGGUGUGAAGCACGAAAAACAGGCAAAAAAUGUCAACCCAAUUGCAAAUAUCUUUUGUUGGAUCUCUUUAGCCGUGUGUCUCAUGUGGCUAGUGGGUUCAAAUUGUUGCUUUUGAAUCAAUCUAUCGCCUGCUAGAUCAAUUUUGGGUAUCAUGCACAUUGCACAUACUUGUGUUCCGACUUAAAAUAGGUUCUACUGAUCAAAUGACAACACUUCAAUAGUUGAAACAUCAAGUUUUUGAGGAAAUUUCAUAAAUAGCUAUAAUUCGACCAUAAUUAUCAUUAAUAGCUGUAGUUUGAAUUGAUUGCGACUGUUUUAGAGUUGUAUCUGUCGCUCAAGUUCCUUGCGUUUGUUUGCUCAAAUUUUGCUGUGUUAGUGUAUUGCUUAUAUUUUAUGAGAUACACUUAUGGCAUCACCAGAAAGUACCUAAACCAUCGCCUUAAAAUCAGAUCUCAAUCUUAGAUACAAACAGAAAAGGCUCCAAAUAUAACGUAGAUCCAACUCCGGAAGAUACAACCCAAAAACGUUCUAGAUACAACACAUCUAUAAUUUAGCUACAACUUUGAAAAAUAAUUGAAACAUUUGUUAUCAACUUGUAUUACAUGUAUGCAAUCGCUCUACUAUACCAAUUGUCACAAGCUUGUAUCAUUUGUAUCUAUUCGCUUUAAAUUCACUUGUAUUCACUCGGUUUGUUGUAUCGUGACUAGCUUGUAUCACUUAUAUUUUAUGAGAUAUAUGAAACCUACACUGUAUAUUCAUACAAUAAAUACGUUAUAGUUAUUUAUUUUUAGGUUUAGCUGGAGAAGAGAAACGAAUCAAUGACAGAUAAAUCUCGUAGGAGAAUGCCAUGCGAAUCAUGACAAACAGAUGAAUAUCCCUAAUCCCAACUGUAUCACAACAUGAAAGCCACGUGGAAAAAAGUCUCUUUUCUCUUAUUAACCAUGCACGCCCUAGCUUGACCAACCACUGUGGCCACUGAUUGGACACUAUGGCCACAGGUUGAUUAGGUUUCAUCAUUAGCUUCCACAUCUCACUUCCCACCCCCUCUUCCAAAACUACUUAUAAUAAUCACUACACAAUCGAUAUCCAAUACAACUCCUAAUCGCCAAGCCAACCCUAGCCCUGUUGUGAAUUAUGCUCUCAUCAAAAGUUGGUAAUGAGGAUAUCACGAGAGAGGCACAAUUCAUUCCAAUAAAAAUAAUGAAGAUGACCAAUGGAGAACCAGCCAUAUGGUGGACCGAAGCAGAAGUUACAAAGAUGAACUUCAUGGAGAAUCUGCAAUAUGCAUAGUAGGUAAAUUCUCUCAUGGUUGGCCAUUAUUGGAAGAAAUGUUGUCACAAAAGUCUAUUUGUGACUUAAUUUUAAUUAAGCUUUGAUUAAACAGUUUAGUCCUCUAUGUUUUAAUUAGUUAAGUCCUGUAUUUACUUUUCAGUGCCUGUAGUCAGUUAGUUUAAUUACUAUUGAGUCCUUAGUUCUGUUAUUAGACAGGGACAAGUGUCAGCUAAUAAUGUAAGAUUCCACCCUAUAUUUGUUAGCAUUUUUAAUGAGAAGGCAUAUGCCAUUUUGACUCAA